AUGGGUAGAGAUUCAUCACCGGUGCAACAGGCGGCCAAGGAGGCUCAGCCGUCAACUCUUUUCUCAGUGAUCCAAAAUGGCGUGUUCGUGGCAUCACCCGGAACCCUUCAAGCCAAAAAAUCAAAGAACCUCGAGGCCUGCGGUGUUGAAGUAGUCCAAGCCGACUUGGAUGACAGGGCCUCACUAGCCAAGGCUUUCCAGGAGCAAAUGUCAUCUUUGCGGUCAGCGACUUUUGGGGGCAUCUACAACGACCCAAGGAACCAAAACAAACCAGAGCCGGAUCAAGCUCUUAACGAGUGGACAAAGGUUCAAGAAACCCAACAAACUCAAGAAUGCCAUUGA